GUACUGUCUGUUUCCAAGAAGGAGCCUAGAAAUCUGUGACGUGAGUCCUGAUACUGCAAGGCUGCCAGUACAAGUCAAAUAAAAGUAUACUGAGUGAUCGUUGGUAUAAAAUGAUGGUGCAGUAUAAUCAAAUUUUGUUUUUGUUAACAAUUUCCCCUUGAAAGAUAUCGGAGUUAAUUUAACAGAUCCAAUGUUUAGAGGAAUUUAUCAUGGAAGGCAAGCUCAUGAAGAUGAUUUUACAGAGGUGCUCAAGAGGGCAUCUGAUGCUGGCAUGGAAAGGAUGAUAAUUACAGCAGGAAAUUUAUCUGAAAGUCACAAUGCACUGGAGCUUGCACAAACAAAGGAUUUUUUUCACUCAACUGUUGGAUGUCACCCAACUCGUUGCAGUGAAUUUGAACAGAAUGGUCAAGACCCAGCUGACUAUCUGCAGAAACUGAUUACAGUAGCACAGGAAAAUAAGGGAAAAGUCAUUGCUGUUGGUGAAUGUGGCCUGGAUUACGACAGGAUCCAUUUUUGUCCAAAAGAAGUUCAGUUAAAGUACUUUGAAAAACAGUUUCUCUUAGCUGAAGAAACCAAGCUCCCAAUGUUUCUGCAUUCAAGAAAUGCGCAUCAAGAUUUCAUUGAAAUCAUCAGACGAAACAGAGAUAGAUUUGUUGGAGGUGUGGCUCACUGCUUCACUGGAACCAAGGAAGAAGCAUCUGAUUAUCUGGACCAGGGAUUAUAUAUCGGUAUCACGGGUUGCUCGUUAAAGACAGACGAAAACAUCGAAGUCAUGAAGGCAAUUCCUUCAGAGAGAUUGCUUCUGGAGACAGAUGCGCCUUGGUGUGAUAUCCGUCCCACACACGCUGGCUUUAAACACGUGAAAACAAAGUUUGAGAGCAAGAGAAAGGAGAAAUGGCAGGCAGGACAGUGCGUAAAAGGACGUAAUGAUCCCGCGAACAUUGUACAAGUCUUGGAAGUUGUGGCGGGAAGCCGAGGUGAAGAUGUUCAGUCACUUGCUGAAACCGUCUACGAGAAUACAAUGAAUUUGUUUUUUAGAUAGCAGGACCCCGGUUAUUUUCCUUGCCGGGAGAAAAUAUCAAGAGAGCUGAGAACAUUUUGUUCACAUUCAAGCUUUCCUUUUUGUACUCCAGCCUUUGCAUUUGUAAAGGCACCACUGCUUUCAAAACGAGCUCAAACGGAGCUAUGCAGGUACAGAUAGACAGACAAACAGGGUAAUAGAUGGAUAGACAGACAGCUGAUAGACAGGCAGACAGGCUGACAGGCAGAUGGACAGCUGACAGACAGACAGACAAACGGGCUGUCCGACGAAUGGAUAGACAGACAGGCAGUCUGACAAAUCAAUUGUAUUUGGUUGUCAAUCAAGAAAAUUUGAUUUCAAGUUGUUGGGUAAAUAAGCUCAUUAAAAAAACAGCAAUAAUAAAAGUAAAAUUAUGUACAAGAAUACUGGAUAUUUAGAAAACAAAGUUACCCAAAAAGUAUUAAACUUUUGAAUUUGAAAAAAAAAAUAACUAGUUAUCUUCCAUUGAAAAUAACAUAGGACUUGGAAAGAAACGACUUUCGCGAAGAGUCUACGUAUGCUUGACUAGAAAAUAUAAAAGUGCUCCCCAUUGCAGGCGUUAGCGUCACUGAUACAAAAUGGGUAAAUUUGAAACUACUCUGCUAAAUAUCAAAGAAAAUCGAUUACCUGAUAGAUUUUUUUAACCAAAACAUCCUCAAGAAAUCCUUAUACGAGUAAGGUUUGUUCUUAUUGUAACAUUUGGAUAAUAGUAUCAACAAAUUUGUUAAAAAGCUUACGGCUUGAAAAAACGUCUUCAAGACAUUAUUUUCAUCAAAAAUUUCAUUAUUCGAAGUGAACCUGCAGUUCUUGUUCAGCGGAGUUGUUAGGUAAAUCGUGAUCGCGCUUUUCGGAUCAUCACCACAGCGGUCAAACGUUGGCCAUGCGUGAGAGGAUCAAUUCUGGCCGGCAAUUACCUAUGCAAAACCUCUAAGAUCAACAUAAGAAAUAACUGCUUUCUCGCAAAACAAGCGAAAUAAAAUUAAAACGUUCAUAGAAAUCCGUAGAUUCCAGACUGUUACAAAAAAAAAGGUUAUUCAAAUACGGGUGUCCUGUUAAGUUAAUUGGAGCUUUAUCAAAAAAAAUCUACGCAUUUGAAACUCCGUGUAACUCGUGUGGGACAACUUGGCUCUGACAACUUGAAAGCACACCACUAAAUCAUCAAAAGUUUUGCACAUGCGUAGACGUUUGACCGCUAUGUUUACAAGAUCCCGCUGAACUUCUCUGCUAUCUCCAUAGGUCCAUUCCGAUAGACAUGUCUGCAUUCGUUGUAGUGAAUGGUGGG